GAUGGGCAGUGACGUCAGCGCAGGUACCUGGCCAAGGUGCGGCGGUCGGUGGGGCGGACGGCGGCGGUCAGCGGGUCCGGGAUCGGGAUCGGGAUCGGGACCGGGACCGGCACCUGGUGCAGCGGCGACAUGUGCGGCUUCGAUAAAGUGAAUGGGCCCCGGCAGCUGAUGAGGAAGGGCAUCGCACUGAUUUUUAUUGGGCACAUCAAUUUCAUCAUUGGUGCAAUUGUCCACGGUACAGUCCUCAGGCACAUCUCGAAGCCUGACGACCAGGUGACUGUUGAGUAUUCAGUGGCCAAUAUCAUUUCUGUCAUCUCUGGUUUGUUGAGUAUUGCAACUGGGAUCAUUGCUAUCUUAGUCUCGCGAAACCUGCUCAGGGUAAAGCUGCACUGGGGAAUGAUGUUAAGCUCCCUGUUAAAUACUUUGACGUCAUUGGCUUGCGCUGCUGGACUUAUUCUCGCUAUUGUGCUGACAGUAUCUCAAGGGGGCAGGAACCUGAUUUCUGGCUGCAACUCUACCAUGGUGCCGGCUGUUCCCAGCAGGUCAAUGACGACGAACAACUGCCCCUUCGAUACAACCCGUAUCUAUGACACCACACUGGCGUUAUGGAUCCCGUCGAUGGUGCUGUCAACAGUGGAAGGAAUCCUCUCCGCCCGUUGCUUUGUGGUGGCAAUGAUUCUUCGUGGGAUUGGCCCCUGUGGACAGAGUGACAUGGUAGACCGGAUCGAGGAGGAAGAUCCAGCGAAAGGGAAAAAACACAGAGAAUUGGAAACUUACAAACUCAUCAGCAGCAGCCGAGAAGUCCAACUGUAGAAGCACUGGAUGCUGCCUGACCCACUGAGUGUUUCCAACAUUCCGUUUUCACUUCAGAUGUCCAGCAGUUUUUCAUGUUUGUACAGUUGUCUGUGUGGGUUAAUUGUUGCUGACGGUCCUUGGGGAAAACGACACUACUUUAGAUAUUUUUAAAGGGGAUUGUAAGAGUUUUUAAAAUGUAUUCUUAAAAAUAGCCGUUGGUUUCUGAUUUCUCUUUUUUAACAAUUUUUUUAAGAAAACCUAUCGGUUCAAAAUUCUAAGUGGUCAUUAUAGUCCAAGCUAUCAGAGGUCAGUUGCUGCAGUAGUAACUCGUCAGCGGCUGUCACUUUGAAGUCUAUAAAUGCUUGUUUCUUCUGACCUCAAUCCGGUGGAGUUGCCCCUUGAUGAAUUGCCCAUGUGUUUCACGUGGGAUUGUUUUGUCUCUCAUCUGAAGAGAUUUAUUCACUUUCCCCCAUCCUCAUUUAUUCCACCUCCCUCUCCCCAACUUUCUCUUGCUCCCCCUCCACCCCCUUGAGCUUCUCGCCUGUUGUGUGUUGAAGCAGGUUUUGUUGUGGCCUUUCUAUUUCUUAAUCACUAUAACAUUCACUGUUGUACUCAGUAAGCUGGGCAAAUGGUGACUAAGCUACAGUGUUUUUGAAUCCCUUUCAGCUGAAGGGCUACAGGGGUACUGAGCUCUAGAAUUCUCUGUGCUAAGAUGGCGAGAGCUUUAUCCACUUAGACUGAGGUUCUUCCUUGGAGAUGGGGACUUUGUCUUCAUUGGGUGGAAUUACCAGGAGGAGGGGUUCUUAUUGUAAUUGUACAAUAAGGGAGACUAAUCUUGGAGUAAGUACUGAAAGUUUGGAAACAACAGCGGGACUCAGCGGCUCAGGCAGCAUCUAUGGAGGGAAAUGGACAGUCGAUGUUUUGGUUCGAGACCCCUUCAUCUGGACUGAAAGAUUGAGGGGAGAUAGGCAGUAUAAAGAGGUGGAGGGGAGGGGUGGAGCAAGCUGGCAGGCGAUGGGUGGAUCCAGGUGAGGGGGGUGGUGAUAGGCAGAUGGGGGGUCUUUUUUCAGUCUAUGUACCUUGGAGUCAAUAUGGUAUAGGUCCACUGAGUUGUUUUCUGGGAUGGAAGGGUUGGGCUAUGAAGGAAGAUUAACCAGUGAUCUGAUGGAUAUAACUUCUGAGGGGAGGUUGAUGGGUGGAUAUCAACCACCUGGGACGCUCUGGAAUUGUUCCUUUUAAGACCAGUUGGUGAGUCACCGUACUGGAGCUCUGGGCUUACUUGGCGAGGGAGUAGUUGAGAAGUGGUCGAGCAGGUUCCUGGGUUUAAUGUCUGCUGACUUUGGUGAUCUAAGAGAGGUGCCACGGCAACUAACCUCAGUGCCUUGGGGCUAGGGAGGGGAAAAUUAGCAUUUGUGGGAGGGGUGGUGAAAGACAUCAGUGCUACUUCAGCACAGAUGUGGGACAAAAGGGUAAAAUGAUUCUGAAUAUGAUGACGAAGUUAUGAGCUUCAUUUGGCUUUAUGUGAAAUUCAAUUUAACUAUGUAGGGUUUUUUUUUACAAAGCAGACCCAGACAUAAAAUGUUGGUAUUGUUCACUUUUGUGGUGGAUGUACAGUUACUACAAGCCGUUGUGCGCAUAUAUCAUGUUAAACGUUUCAAAUAAAGAUUGCUAAUGGAUCUCA